AUGAAACUGUACACACAAGAAAAACCGCCUGAAGUUCUGGAUCGGAACACUGUCCGCCUCGGAAACCGGAUCGAGCUCCGUGACCGCGGCAGCACCGUGACACCCCUCACCACCGCCGCCUCACCCCACCUCACCCUCAGGGCCAAUCAGCAGAUCAGCCACGCAGAGGGCGCUGUUCGAGCCUCCAGCAUCUUCCCCAUCCUGAGUGUGAUCCUGCUCUUCAUGGGGGGGCUGUGCAUCGCCGCCAGCGAGUUUUACAAGUCACGCCACAACAUCAUCCUCAGCGCUGGCAUCCUCUUCGUCUCCGCAGGCCUGAGCAACAUCAUAGGAAUCAUUGUGUACAUAUCAGCCAACGCCGGCGACCCUUCCAAGAGUGACUCCAAGAAAAACAGCUAUUCCUACGGCUGGUCCUUCUACUUUGGCGCCCUCUCCUUCAUCAUGGCUGAAAUGGUGGGUGUGCUCGCCGUGCACAUGUUCAUCGACCGCCAUCGGGAGCUGCGGGUGGGGGCACGGGCCGCUGACUACCUCCAAGGUGCGGCCAUCACGCGCAUCCCCAGCUACCGCUAUCGCUAUCGACGCCGCUCACGCUCUUCAUCCCGCUCCACUGAUCCCUCGCACUCCCGCGAGGCAUCGCCGGUGGGCCUGAAGGCCUUCGGGACGCUGCCCUCCACCGAGCUGUCGAUGUACACGCUGCCCAAGGGCCAAACGGGCACCCCGACAGCCACCUAUAACUCCACGGAGAGGGACCACAACUUCCUGCAGGUCCACAACUGCAUCCAGAAGGACAUGAAAGACUCAGGCGGCCACAGCAACACCGCUAACCGACGCACCACACCUGUAUGAAACUGAUGGAGCGCCCUCAGACACAAAAAAUAAAAUCAGAGGGAAUUUGGGGGGUGGGCGGCAAAAGACAGAUCAUGAUGUAAGGAGAUAAAAAGAGGAAGAGGAGGGGGCAUAAAUGGAUCAAUGGAGUGAGGGGUAAGCGACAGAGAGGAAGAUCUGAGCGCCACACAGCACUUCAGAUGAUCACUGAGUUUAAAAAAAGGAAACAGAAAAAAUGCAUAAAAAAAGAAACAUGCAUGAUUUUCCCAUCUACCAUUGUUUAACGAGUUUUGAACAUGUUUAUAAAGAUUUGAGGGGAAGGAUGGGGAAAGAGGAGUGGGGGGGGGGGUCGGUGGCUGUCUGUCUCGGGGCUGUGGAACCAUGGAGUGGUGGGUUUGGCCAGACUGCCCGUUAAAAGGUGAACUUUAUAUUUUUUACUCUUCCUCAGUCUGAUGAAAGGGGGGCGUGGUUUGUCCCUCGGCCACGCCUAUGAUCCCGCCCUCGCACUACCAUCCCACAAGCCCCACCCCCCCCCGGCACACACACCCUAACCUCCCUCGGAACCCACUCCUGUCUUUAGUUGCUGUAUCUUCUUGAUUUCAUUCUUUAUUCGCAUUAAUACUGUGAAUCAUUGCGGUGUUGAAUUUAAGCAGGGAGCAAUUCAUGCCGCAAAAAAACAAAAAAGGAAAAAAAAAAAACACAUAAGUUAAUAUAUGUAUUGAUUAUAUAUAAAUAUAUGAAUAUAUAUGUUAAUAAAUCAUGACUAGACUACCCUGGCGCAAAAAUAUCAACAAGAAAAAAGAAAGUAACUUACAAGUUAAACUAAAUCAAGUCAUCAUGGAAACCAAACCAAGACGGAGGAUUCAUCGUGACUGGCUCCUUUGACGAGGCCAAGGCUCCAGCCUACUUGAUAAACUGAUAUUGGUUAGUAUUAGACACAUCAACACAUUCUUUUACAACAAAAAAAAUCUUUUGGCCUUCUGCCGAAACCCUGGCCAUCUUUGUUAAGGGUCGACUCGAGGUGAAAACUUUACCUCACUUUUUUUUGGGCUCCAUAAAGGGGCAACGUGAAGGGAGAGAACUCUGGGUAAUGGAGGAUCUCUCUGCAAACUUGAAGACUGUGGACUAUGAAAUGUCACUACUGCCAAAGACACAAAGUAGUGCAUGAGAGAACAUGGCUACCAGCGAGGUGAAGCUAAGUGACUCGUAAAAAUUAAGAAUUUACAUGCAUGCUAAUCAAAAUGAUCCGAUCUGCUUUUAAGGAACCUAUGUUUUGAACAACUGAACAAUGAUACCAUGUAAGGGCAGUGAGAGUGACAAAGUAGAACUUAAUGUUACAGUACUGUGUCUAUUUCAAUUUUUAUUCUUUUCUUUUUUUCAGGGGGUAAUUUGGGCUGGGGCUUCAUUACGCUUGAAACAAAAAGAACAAACUUUGGAGAACGUAUCAAAGCUUUUUUUUUUUAAAGAAGAUUUUAUCUUGCCUUUUUUCAUUUACUUUUAUUUCCUCGGUUCCUUUGAACUCUCACACAGCCUUAGUCUCUUUCUUUGUCUUUUUUCUCGUUCUUUUCUUGUUCUUUGGUUUUGCGUUGUGUUG